AUGUACAGCACGAAUCGACCAAGAGUUAUUGAAAAUUUUUAUAGCGCCAGUCAACAAAGCCGACGAGACGUCAUAGUUCACCUAUGUCUACUCAUAUCUAUCUAUCUAUCUAUCUAUCUAUCUAUCUAUCUAUCUAUCUAUCUAUCUAUCUAUCUGUCUAAGUCAGGCUGUUUAUCUAUCUAUCUGUCUAUCUAUCUAUCUAUCUAUCUAUCUAUCUAUCUAUCUAUGUCAGCCGUCAGCAUGAUGUUCCACAUUGGAUCUACGGGCCAACACUUUGGUCGUAAUAUUAAGACUCUUCAGGGACUCCCCCAUCACGUCCAUGCUGACAACAAUAAUUGUUCUUCUCUUGACGUCUGUUGUCAACAGGGAGAUGCGACUGAUCUAUCUAUCUAUCUAUCUAUCUAUCUAUCUAUCUAUCUAUCUAUCUAUCUAUCUCAGCCUGUUCAUAUCUAUCUAUCUAUCUAUCUAUCUUAA